AUGACCAAAAGACGUCGAGUGACGUAUAGUUUAGAUGCUUUUCGUGAUGCUGUUUCUGCUUAUCGUAAUAAAACUAUGUCAUCUGUUGACGCAUCAAAGAAAUUUGGUGUACCAGAAAGUACGAUUCGAAAACACAAAAACAACAUAAUUAAUCGUGUAGGAUCAGGUCGACCAUGUGCUUUAACUAUGAAUCAUGAGCAAUAUUUGGUGGUCUUAUUGAAAGAACUUCAAUCAAUUGGUGUUCGACUUACAAAAGAAACUCUAUCAAAAAUUACAGGUGAUUUCAUGAGAAUGGCCAAAAAAGGCAAUAAAGAUAUUAGUAAGUAUAUUUUCUGUACUUAGGAUAAUACUUUUUUCGCAUAUAUAGAGGGUGUGGGUGUGGGUGUGGGUGUGGGUGUGGGUGUGGGUGUGGGUGUGGAUUUUAUCGUAUCCUUACCCAUACCCACACCCACACCCACCCCCCACACUCACACCCUUCUCAAUGACCAAUUCCUUAGCUAUAGAUGGGAGUGUGGGUAUGAGGUGUGCUUGGGUGGCGUGGGUAUCGGGUGUGGAUAUGAGUAUGGUUUUAUGGUUUUUCUGAACAUAAACAGCAUCUACAUCUGUCCUAUAUUUGGAGCCUUGGUUUUGGAGUCAUAUUUUUUGACCAUGAGAAAUUGAGUUC